ACGUUCAUUUUGGAGCCUUGUGAAGAACUCAUGCCAUUCGUAUUUCUUUCUUGUUGAUGUGUUUGUGCAAGCAAUGGUGAAAGAUAUUCUUUGAUAAUACUACGUUUGCAGGAAAAGAAAAUUUUCAGUCAACAGUACAUAUUUUACAUUUUGCAAAAAUCACAAUUAAUAUGGUAGAGGAAGACGAGUACGCUUGUGUAAACCGAAGUCAGCUUAAAAUCAAGGAUAACUCUGGAAUCAAGAAGAAAAAAAAGAAGAAGGCUAACAAAGAGACUGAGAAAGUAAUAGAAGCUGAGGUAAAACAAAAAGUGAAACAACAAACUCCUGAGGAAAGGCGAACCAAGGCUGAAUUAGCAUUCAAAAAAAUGCAAGAGAAAAUGCAAAAUCAAAGGAUAAAACAAAAAGCAGAGAUGACACAUAAACAGAGAGUGGAGAAGUUUAACCAACAUUUGGAUAGUCUGACAGAACACUUUGAUAUUCCUAAAGUAUCUUGGACCAAAUAAGUGUAUUCUAUAUUUUUUACUUUACCAACAAUAUCUCUGGCAAUUCAUUGACAUCUCUGGCAAUUCAUUGACAUCUCUGGCAAUUCAUUGACAUGAGUAGCCAUGGAAUUAGUAGGUACUCAAAAUACCUACUAAUACCAGAAAAAUUACUCACAUGGGUGAGUAACAAACUGCAGGCCUACCAUCAACUUUCAAACUUUUUAAUUUACAAAAUUCAAAUGCAGUGCAGUUCCAUUUAGGAACCUGCAUUAAUAAUAAAAAUUUACAGUUUGAGAUACUGAUUAGUUUAGAUCCUGGAUUGCAUUAAGAGAUGAUGGUAAGCAUCCUGUAGUAACUUCUAUGUUUACUUUGUAUUUUAUUGUCUGUAAUUUAAUGUGCAAAAUAAAGUUUCUGUAAAAAGAUUUUCUUUUUAUAUUUCAUAAUAACCAAAUUAAAAAUUGUACUUAUUCAAACUGUUACUGCUCAACAUUAACACAGCUGUAGCUUUUUCGAAUUUCAACCUGUCAGCUUUACUACACUAUACUGACAGAACCCAUGUUUAUGCUCUCAUGGCAAUUGAAUUCACAACUGAACUGUAGUCACACCAGUAUCUGUGUAGGUAUUUUAUGUAACCUUAGUCACACUGAUGUGAGUCAUAGCUUGUCUGCACCAUAUUGUUAAUGCAGGUAAAUGGCGUAUGUGAUACAUUAGGAGUUUAAAUACAAUUUGAGUGAAACAUGUAGUAUUGUCAUUAAAUCUGUAUAUUCAAAAAAAUAAAUGAACACAAUAAAUGUCAAAAUAAGAAAAAAAUAUAAAAGUUAUAAAAUACGCGUACAUUUAUGGGUAUCUCAUGUGUAAACAUUCCAAGAUGUGGAACUUAAAAUGAGAAAGAGAUUACAAAAACAUUUACACAUGAAAUACCCAACCAAGAUCACUAUUGGGAUGGAUUCAAUUAAAUGGUAAUAUACAAUAUUAUAUACUAGUAAGUACCUACUUAAACCUUUCCUAAAAUAUCUAUAAGUAAAAAAUUGUGUAUGUAAGAAAUGAGAAUCUCAUGAAAAUUGUAAUAUUACAGUUACACAUAAAUUGCACAGAUUGAGAUAUUGUAGAGAUGUAUAGACAGAAAGAAACAAAUACUAUUAAAUAGAUGCAAAUACAAAUCUAAUUUGUUAAGACCUUUUCACCUACUUACUAUUCAAACACUAGUUAAGGCACAAAGACUAAUCUUAGUGUAUAAUAAAAAAUGUGUUCUGGUAAA